CUUGUCAGGAAGCAGGCAGACAUUUAAUAGUUUCUGAGCUUAAAGUAAUCAAUCCGCGUUGUAGGCAUUAUUGCUGAACCACUUGCCAAGUUAUUAAGCCGUUUUAUUUUUUCGGUUGUCUCGUUCAGAGUUCCGUGUAAACGUCUAAAUUGGUUUUUUCUCAGAGCAGAAGUAUACGGAUAUAAACAAAUGCUUUCUUGCUGUUCCGAGAAGUAUAAGCAACAAGAAUUCGAAUAAAAUAAUUCAGGGAAAGCACAAUGAAGCACGAAGUACCAAAUUCACGGAGGCAUGAUCUUCGUUGUAUGAGUCUUGACUUAAUGAAUUUCCUGUUAUGCUCAUCGCGGAACGAUUGGAUUGAUCAAGAAUUAUAAAAUCAAAACUUUCAAGUUCGCAUGUAGGAAAUUGAGUCAACUUGCAUGUACCGUUGUAACCAACGAAAAAAGCACUGUAGUAUUUAACAAACUCAGUUGUACUGAAGUGAUAUUAACGUAAGAUUAAUAUCGGAAACAAAUGUCUUAUUUUAUUUGUAUUGAGACGCACUGGAAGCACCGUCAGUUGAAUUACAAUGAAGAAUUCCAUGACUGUAGCGGAGAUGUAUAGUUUAUAUUUUAUUGAAAUAACUUCACUGUAUCGAUUAGUCAGUGUAUUUCAAAUAUUUGCCAGUCAACACAAUAAUGUAGUGUGAUAAAUCGACGGGUGGUUAGACAGGGAAAGGUAUACUACAGGGAUAUAAAAACAAGACAUUAAAGACAAACAGCUAAGCAUAAGUUAGACAACAGAAUUGAAGUAAUACAGUUGGCUUUAACAUGUCCUGUCAGGUAACUUUUUCCAAAAUAGGUAUACAUUUGCGUGGACUCAGUAUGUCUAUACUAAAUAUUCAACUGCCUCAUUGUUAAAAGAUUUCAGAGUAAUACAAUAUAGUGACUUGUUCAUCUAAGUAGCGUAUCACGAUUUCAGUGAAGAUUUUGACAGGCCAUUUCAUGUAGGACUUAUGAGAAUACUUACUGAUUCCGCUAUACCAAGACUAUCACAAGCUUGGAAAUAAAGCGAGAAUAAACGAGAUUCCGUAUAACGUAGUGGUAUGGGAAGCAGAGAGCCUUCACGUACCUUAGAGGUGACAUAUAUGAACUUUUAGACUCCGAUACAAACAGUUACAUUUCAACAGCUAAUCCACUUUCACUGAAGAUGACAAUACACUCGACCAUUUCGAAUGAGCACGUAUCUAGUUGAUGACGAAACAUAUCAAUUUCUCAUGCAAGAGCUGGAUCUUCACAUAUAUUUUCGCCUCAAAAUUGAUAAAUGGUAAAUGGUCUCAUUAGUUUACAUUGAAUACUGCAAAGCCAAGGUCAUUGAAUUUACGCGCUUUUGAGAAGUUAAUGCGAUGGAAUCUAUUGAUGUCUUGAAGAAGAACUUGGAACUUGCUAAAGAGCAGUUAAAAAUAGUUGACAAUGAUAUAAAAAGAAUUACAGGACGAGACCCAUCUGAUAGACGUAUAGGAGAAGCGAAUUCCAAGCGUAUACGUGCGCGGAUAGCUGGAGUCAACCAAUUAAGGCCAGAUUCUUCGGAUAAAGUAAAUGAUGACAAAAUCCUUCAGGAUAUUAAGCGACCUAUUGAUGAUGAUUUACGAGUUUCUGUUGCAUCCUCUGUUGUUCGUGUUACUGAUACUCGUUCUAGGGAAGAUGCAGCCAAAGAAUUAAAAAAGUCAGACAAAGAAAGGUAAACAUACAACUGUAGUCGUAUAAAUACUACAUCAUUUCAUUUUUUCAUCUGCGGUUUAAUCUAUGUAGUGAAGUGGUAGCCGAUUAGUUAAAAUACUUGACCUCCGUCCAGUAUGUCGUAAGUUUAAACUCUGUCCUACCUACUUAUUAUUUAUUUAUUUGAACACAAAUCUUGGUACAAAGGGGUACCAAACAAAUGUACGCCACACAACAACAAUAAGGCUGUGAAGAAAUCAAGAAUGUAAAGUGCAUAUAAAAUAUGGUGAACAAUGAACAGAAAUUAGUGUAUAAGAGUGAAAUAAAAAUGGGAGAGGCAGUUCUGUUAGCAAAAGUACAACCAGAAUUAAUCCUUUCAGUUAAAGAAGUUACGUUCGUUUUCUAUGAAGAAAGCAAAAGAAAGUUACGGCAGGAUCAUCACUGGCUUCUAUUCUGACGUCAUAAAGGCGCCAAAGAUGGCCUAGACUGUAAUAAGCCACUCUGGCUUUCACUAUACGUGAAUCGAUCUCAUCACUCACUCCACCAUCAGCAUUUAUGCAGCUACCCGGAUACACGAACUUCUCGACUACUUCUAUCUGCUCAUUACCUAGGGUGAGUGCAGGGUCAGAGUACUGCCAGUCUUGUAAAAGUACUCUGCACUUGGAAGGUACAAAGCACAUACCAUACCUACGGCCACCUGAUUAGGUGCGGAUUGCAUGGCCUGGGUAUCAUCGCUUGGUAAGACAAUAUCAUCCGUAUACUCAAGGUCGAGAAGUCUUUCCCCAGGCAACAGAUCCACACCACCAUUACCUACAUUCAUCCAAGCUGUUUCCAGAAUAUCAUCGAUAGCAAAGUUGAGUAGGAUUGAUGAGAUUGGGCAACCCUGCCUAACUCUACUGUUUGAAUGGAACAAUGAAGCGAUGUGGUUGUAUUUUCUCACUGCCUGAGGUGUUUGUAUGUAUGGCUUUUAAAAUGUUAAUAAACUUCUCAGGCACACCCUUCUUCAAUAGACAAUCCCAGAGAACAGCCCUGUCCAACGAACCGAAGGCAGCCCUGAUGUCAAGAAACACUAAGAUUGUUGGCGACUUGAUGAUUAUGACAGUGUGCUAACAUUUGGUGGGAAGUAAAAAUAUGACCAAUAUAUCCUCGACCUGGACGGCAACCAGCCUGCUCCUCGUUGGUCAAUGUUUCUCUGGUUUUGAACAAUCUACGAAGUAUGACGAAAGCCAAUAGUUUGGACGCAAUCAAGAGUAGACUUAUCUCCCGAUAGUUGUCGGAUGUGUGACGUGAACACUUUAAAGGUAGGAACAACUACCAAAUCAUUUCACAAUGUUGAAAUGCUCUCUAAUUGUCAAACCCUUAUGAACAACGUAGUCAGUUCCCUAACCAGAAGGUUGCCACCAUUUUUAGAAAGGACCGCAGGUAAGUUUUCUGGACCUGGUGAUUUAUAGCGCUUCAAGAGUUGGAGUUUCUUGCAGACUGCAGUCUCGUUAGGUAGAUCAGUCGUCACAGGCCAUGAAGAGUAGGACAGUCUGAUCGAUGUCUACUGGGCAGCAGAUCAGUUGGACUGCCCCUCGGAAAACUCUGCCUAUCGUCCAAGACGUCGAUAGAUAUUAGUGAUUGACAUCCCGUUAUCUUCAUGGAUUAUUUCACUCACACCAGACCUCUCAGUGCCAGUGACUCGGAUGAGUUGAAAGAGCUCCCGGCAAUUAUCAGAUGCAACUGCUGCUUCCAUCUCAUUGGACCACAAGACUUCUCGGUCCUUACGUAAUGAAUGUUAUCAAGUGAAUCUGAUAUAUCUGAACGUUAAUUAUAUCAAGAAUAAUAUUUUCAGUAGUAGUUGUCAUUUGAUUUCUGUGUGGGCCGUGAUACUACCCGGGCACUGAGACCGAAGCAGGUGGUUCUAUUAAGGGGCCACACCCGGAAUCUUCGAUCUAAAGGUAUGAUCCACGAGGCAGUGAUGCGACGUAAGGAGAUGUAGUCCCAUGGUAGCCGGUGACCAACAAUAGGUUCGUGCACCAUUUGUUCCUUCAGGACACUGGAGCCUAUUUGCACUAUUGAUUUGAAAUCAGGGUUUUCCAACUCCUCUAGGUAAACCCUCCGUGUCCACUAAUCCGGUUUAAGCACUGAACCUACCUAAUUUGUAUAACUAAUGCUUACACAAAAAGGCCAUCAUCAAAGCCGAGUAAUUAGACUUGUACUCGGCAAAUUAGUUACAUUCCUAUUUAUUUCCAAAUGUUUGUUGUCAUUUAACUGGAUUCGGAUGUGCAUUUGGAAUUAAAUUACAUUGAGCAUUCUGAAAGCCAACAUAUCUGUAAAUAUACUAACAAAUCAGUACUAGGUAUAUUUUGAAAAUGUCGUAAACAUAUCUGUCACUUAUUUCACCAUCCUAACCCAACCUUUGGUACAGUUUUUACUGAUCCUUAUUGCUAAAUGGAGCAGUUUUAUACAUCCUAAUAUGUAUGAACUCUUUCAAUCGAAGCUUCACGAUUCACUCUAUUUUUACGCUUAAGAUCAAUAGGACACUAUAAGAACGUUUACAUUGUAUAUCAUUUUUCCUUUAUUUGAAUAGAGGACGCCGUAUGCUUGGGAUUCUUCAGGGUACAUUGAAGCAGUUCCAAGCUGAAUCUGCAGCUGCAAUCAAAAAACCUCAAAUGGAAAAACGACGUUUAGUUGAUGCUAAGUUGGAAGCUCGAGCAAAAGAAGAAAAAGAAAACUUACGUCGUGAACGCGCAGAACUAUUUCGUACUCGACGAGAACAUCACGUUGAAGUUAGCAUUCUACAACAAAAAAUGAGAUUAUUGAAAAAGUUUGAGAUAUGGAAGGAGCAACAGGAAAAAAUGAAAGGUUUUUGUCGUACUUCAAAACCACCAUAUAUAUUUUAUCGCCCGAAAAUCCACAAUGAAGAGUCAAAAUGGCGUAUAGAAGUAACGGUUCGCGCUAUAGACGGUUGGUUUUUAUUUUUACACUGUCAUUUAUAAGAAACACGAUACGCUAUUGAUUUUUGUUUAUGAAUUACAUAAAUACCUAAUUCUAAAUUCAUUGUCAUAAGAUCAACAUUCAGUUCACCUAUGGCUGUUUACACUACUCUGCUAAUUGAAAUGAUUCGCCUUUUUAUUCCAUCCAUUCUCGUAUUGUUAUUACAUUUUAUUGAUUAGAUAUAACAAGGCAUGUUCUAUUCAUAUGCAAGUUACGAAAAACGACCAACAUAAUCACAGGUCAUUUUUAAGUAGUUCCUAAACUACUAUCUCAUAGUUACACCCUUCGGAGAAAUUAGAGAUUAACUCUUGUAAAGUGAAGUAUGUGUUAUGUCUUUCGUGCAUGUUCAUUUGUAAUCUAUUUUGACGUACUAAAUUAAAAAAUUCUGGACAAGAUAUAUAACCACUUAAUAGUUAAAGAACAAAAUAUUGUUAAUCCGACUUGAGUAUCACUUUGUCUAUUGUUUAAAUGAUCUAAAUUCAAUAUGUGAAAAUUUUUGCCAAUCGUACUCAUCUUGAUUAUAUUUUACUUUGUGCUGUUGUAAAAUCUCUCAACAUUCAACUUUAAGUUCACUAGACUUCUUAACAAUAAUCACUGGCGUUUUCUAUAUGCAUAUUGAUUAAUUAUCUCAAUCAAGGCGCAAACUCACUACACACGAAAUAGUUUUAUUCUAUAACAUAACAACAAAGCUGUUCCUUAUUGAUUAGCCCAAAACAUCAGGAUUACUAAAAUGUAUUUAUAAUCAAACAUCUUCGUUCCAAGAUUUUGUACUUUUCAUACGACACUAGCUAUUAGGUAUAAUAAACUUGCAACUAUAAAUUCGUUAUAAGUUUGUAUACUUGAUGUGAAAUUAUAGUUACUGUUUGAUUAAUAUAAGUAUUACCCUUGGUACCGAAAACAAAGUGAGAGAAACCAAUUUCAAACAUACAACUCGAGUGUUGUUUGCAAGCGUAUCCUACUUUUAUUAUCGGUGUUUCAGUUAGUGUCCUAUUUUCAAAGUUAAUGAAACUUUACUUCCGUAUUAUUUUUCUUAUUCUUCUCCAAAUAUUGUGGAAGAAAAAUUAGUUUUUUUCAUACUCCAGUUUUCAUGGUCAACUGCAUAACUUGCUGAAAGGAUAGAUAUUACAGUUAACAGUUUCUUUGUGAUACCUUUGGUCUUGUUGUUGUUGUUAAUCUUAUUGUGUUAAUAUGCUAUGGAAACACAUCUGUGCCAGGCUAUGCGUUAGUGUCAACUGACUGGUAACUGACUCUUGUAAUCCACAAUUGUUAACCCUUACAAGGUUGGUGUUUCACUUUUGUUUAUUUUUUUUGGAUGCCUACUUUUCCAGCUCUCAUUGCUCGGCGUCGGAAAAAGCUCGAAACAGAAUUUGAAGAAAAUUUACAAGCGCGGCGUCGUAUGGCUUCAAUUAAUAGUGAUCCAUCGGAUAAUAAAGUAAACAAAACUGAGGAUUCUGACAAGAAGAAUUAUGAUAGGGAUGAACAUGGAAAAAGCGAUGAGCGAUGGUCUUCAUUAAAUGAUAUUUCCAGCGAAGCUAAGUUUAACAGUUCUACGAUUUCUACAAAUCAACAUCGUGGUCCCAGUUACACUUCACCGCGUUCAUCGAAUACUUUUACGAGCAAAAACUUCCAUAAUUCUCAUCGUCAAGAAUUAGAAGCUGGUGAACUAUCGGAUGGUAGCGAGACAUUCGCUUUAGGAGAUGAACCUCAACUAAUGGAGGAAGACCAGCAUCAUUCUAUGUAUACAGAAUCUCCAAAUCGUGCAAAAAAACAAAACACAUCUCCUUUAUUAUCAUCUAAACGAUCCAGUAGUCAUCUAUCAUCACACAGUAGCCCAGUACGUUGUCAACCUCUGACUCAAAAACGUAAGUUAUCCUCUGUUGGUGAAUCUCAUCCAUCUGAUAAUGUGAUUAAAGAAAAAGAAACAAACUAGACAGAACUCCACUGGAACUGAAUAAUUUCCAGUGUUCUCAAUUACUCUAAACUCUUCAGCGAAAUUAUUUCCUGUUUUUAUUUCUCUCACCAUCCAUCAUCCACAUACAUGAUCAUUGUCAUAGCUUUCUUUAAAAAAAAAGAAAAGAAAUUGUGUUCCCACAUCUUGUUUUCCUAAUAAGGAAUACAAUGUAUUUAUUGUAUGUAUGUACGUAUUAAUGUCUCCACACUAGUAAACAUUUUACUACUUUAUUUUUUGUAAGCCUGUAUUUCGCAAACACGUUGAAGUAAUAUAGAGUAAUGUUAUUACGUAAUUUCCUUUUUGUUCUCGAUUGUUUGCCAGCUGUCCUGUUGGUUUUUACAUGAUGUGCUUACAAUCCUUAAAUUACAUGUUGUACUAGUAGAUACUUUUGUAGUUCCGGGCUUUGUAUUGGCUUGAUUUAGCGUUUUCUUUUCAUAGAUAGGGAUCGUGUGGUACUAACCUAGACAUCAAUUUCAUUAUAACGAAGAGAGUAAUUUCUCGUGAGGAGGAUAUUGUUUCGUCGUAAUUCUAUGCACUUCUUGAUAAGUUAGCAUAAAACAUCUUGAUUAUUGGACCUUUGGCUCUUUAUAUUAUAAAAGAAAACACUAAUGUUUGAGUUUGAAGCCCCAUAUGUUCUAAUCAACUGAAAUAAACAGUAAUGUUAUACAGGAGCUAUCGGUUCAAAUUGUCACCACUUAGAAUCGAAGCUGUUCAUGAUAUGAUUAAUGGGACAGAGAUGGUUGUUACUUCAAAAUUCACAACAAGUUGUCGGCUCAGUUGUUUAAAUGUUAAGCGUUUGCGUACGAGACCGACAGGUCCUGGGUUCGAGUCUCGCGGGAUGGGAUCGUGGAUGCGCACUGCUGAACUCAAAUACUAAAUUACUAUAAUAUCCACAAAAACCCUUUUCUGAGAACUAUUAAAUCACCAGUUUGUUCUAUCUCGCAGGCUUUCUAAAUGAUAGAAUCGACCGAUUCAUGUUAUUCUUUGAGACAAAAAGCAGCUUGUAACAUUUUGUAGGUUGAUAUCUUUUAAUCUAACAUCUCAGUAGCUUCAAGCCACAGAUUUCUUUUGAGUGAUUUCAGCGUCUAAGUUGAUUAAUUUGAAUGAAAUUCAAUUCAUAUAAAUGAAUGUUCCUAAGAUCCCUACCCACCUUCGUUAUCAUUGUGAUCAAAAUGUGUCACUAAUCAAAUGAUUGUAAUAGUAGGACCUAUCAUAUGAUGAAAUGGGCUUUUUUAUCAUCUCUCUAAGUCAUAUCCUUUUUUAUGAAAUCAAACUAGCUAGCCGACUUAUGUGACACAUGAAUGUGAAGUUUGAUAUCGUGCAUCCAAAACUGUACACACACGAACCACGGUAGUGUAAUAACCAGCUUGUACAUCCACAAGUGGUUAAGGAUUCCGAAGCACUUAAUGUUCAACUUUUGGGUUACGGGUUAUAACUCGCACUAAAGUAUGAAAUGGUUUUGUAACGGUUUUUAAUCGAGGAAAGAGGAUAACAAUAUACAAUGGUAUUUAUAGUAUUGUAGAUAGACAUUUAUUCAUAAAACAGCUGUAUCAAGAAUUUUAUCAAUGUCCAAAUAUAUUUGUUAGGACAAAAUUCCCUAAUUUACAUGUUAAUUAGCGGCCUUACGGAUUUCCUCAUUUGUUUUGGACUCUUGAAGGAAAUUAAGAAUGGAUUCUUUUGCUCCCGUCAGUUUCCUUAAUUUAUAAACCUUAGCCAGUACUCAAUAAAAAACAAAAUCAGCGACUGUUAUGUAAAAUGUGUCUUCAAUCUGUCAAUUUUAGCAAAACCCUAAACAUUUUUAACAGUCUUAUAAAUGCAUGUUAAUCUAAAUAAAAUAUCCUGUGUCACCACUAAUGAUAAUGUAGUGAACAUUUUUCCUGCACACAAUUUACCAGAUGCUGUAGUGUUUUUGUUUCCUCAAAGGUCGUCAGAAGUUUGGGAAUUCUUCUAAAUUUUGUAAUUCCUUUUCUCUAUUUGAAUGGGUACACUAUUGGCAUGCUCAAAUGCCGAAGUUAUGGAUAUUGCCAUUUUUAUGAAAGCGAUACUUGUAAACUAGUUCGUGAAAACGAUUUGUUUUCGGUGUCGCUUGCUAAGGUUUGAGUUAUCUGAUUUACACUGUUGCUGUAGGUAAAUUAGUUUGGCUAGCGUAGUGCUUUUAAUACUAUCCUCAAUAAUCAUCCAGAGCUUUACUAGAGCUUGUGAACAACAAACUAAGGAAAACUAGGCUCUAUCUAGACCUGGAUGUGUAUAUGUAAAACCAAUGUUCGCUCUUAGAAUGUACGGACAUUUAGCCACACUCGAAUAUAGUUUUGUUUCUAAACCUUAAUGCAGUAUUCGAACCUUUUGAUUGAGUGGUUCUGUGGUAGUUUUUAUCGUCCAGAUGCCUACCAAAAAAGCACAUAUACCUUGUGACGGCUCUACUCGACCGCUAUUGGUCUAAUCACAGAUUAUAGCGAGCCUCGGUCGAAAUUGUGAACUUUUAGUGGUGUUCAUCGGUGUCGUCCGCUGUCCCUGUUUUAUUUGGUUUUGUCAUGGGAAGCACAAGCUGUUCAUCUAAUUUUUCAGGAAUUAAUCUACAAGGAGGUUUGCUCAUCUACUUAGAAUCCACAGUUAACAUGGUUCUACUUGUUAUUCCAUUUAUUAUUGUUUCUGCGAUAACGAUCAUAAUGAUAGUUUCAUUCACUACUAUGAAUUAGGUCAAAGUGAGGGAUUCUCAACAUCAACUAUGCAAUAUUGCAAUAAAUUUCCCCUCAACACAUAUCUAAUUGUAAUUAUUCAGAAAAAAUAUUUUAUAUGUGCUUCCCAGUAGUUACCUUCCAUUCAUCAAUGCUGAAAAUUUACUAUCAGUUUUCUGGUGCUACAUCUAUUUUCCUCACCCAUUAGGUAUGAAGUUCAUGAAUCCCAAUAUAUAUUAAUCUCUCGAUUUUUUUAACAGGGUAGAAAAAGAGGGGAAUAUACCGACAAAUGCAGUGUUUCAGUUUAAGAUAUUCAGCAUUUAGCAUCGUGAUAGGUUGUAAGUUAUUCAUAGUACCGUAAAAGUACACUGAUGCGAUUCGUAAUUAUUUUAUUUAAAUAAAUCCAAAACAAGGGUUUAUUGCAAUAUUUGCUUAGUUGGAAAAUGGAUAGUCCAAACGUUUGAGCAGAUUAAUCAUACCAAGACUUGAUAUUAGUCCAUGAAGUCUGUCUCACUUGAUCUGAGUGUUAUUGCCAAGUGCAGAUUUCGUUGUUUGAGUUCGCCAAAUAUUUACUAAUCAUUAUUGGGAACCAAAUUAAUCUUCACUGCCAGGGAUGCAUUCAUCUUCCAUUUUGCCAUAAAUCUUUAAUUUCAUUUCAUAAUAGUCAUUCUCGGGUCUUGUUUAUUCCGUUUACCUUUUAGUUUUUCGUUACCAUUAGUGUUAUUCCUGCUCCUUUGUUUCAUCUUAUAUAUUCCACUUAUACAUACUCUUUUAUGUUAAAGCAACUUGAGGGUUAAUGCAUAUUUAUCUUACGCUAUUUGUGUUUGACCGACAUUCAGUGACCUCUGUGUUCUAGAUAUUGGUGCAUAGCCGUUGGCAGUUAGUUAUCUUUUCAGAGUAGGUACAAUAGAAUGAACGUUAUUAAUUUUUUAAAUUCGAGUUUCCAUUUAUAUUUACUUUUAAAAUGCUUUCUUCUGGUUAAUUUUUUAACAAUACUUCUCUGUUAUGUGGCCGUACUUUUAUUCCAGAACAAUAUACAACCCUAAUCAUCUAUCUGUGUAUUCCCAGUCCAUAUUAACUUUGAAAAAGAAUUAUGAAGUAGUAUACCCAAAAAGAUCAAUGUAUUACGAAUGUUUGUGUGCAUUUAAAAGGAUCAUGACUUAACGAAAAGAGUUUCGUAUCGACUACAUGUAUAGAGCUCACUGUUUAAAACUGAAACCUUAUUGAAAGUGCACAAAUUAAAAAUUGUACAAAAGUAUAUUGAACUAUCGAUUUUAUCUAAUAGAUGGUAACUUAAUAGUCAAGCCGCUUGACUUUUUAACAUUAACCGUAAUUUCAAGAGACGUUCCACUUAUUCGAGUUUGACUACAUUGAUUAAUAUCAGCGACACACACAAGUUGUUUGACCCGAAGUCAAAUGUGUGAAUUCGCCCCUUGUUACUAAGCUGUCUUUUUAUUCUGUUAUCGUUUUAAGUGGCAUAGAGUAGAAUUGAAAAUGAUGUUCGCUAGUGCAUCGAUAUAUUAUGUAUUACUCAUUGUUUUAGAAGAAAUACCUCACAUUUUGGAACAUAAUACACUGUGAAUAAUGAAUUCUAAUCAGAAAUCUUCAGAAAAUAGAAGUUUUCCAUUAAAUGUCAGUAAUAAUCGUCAAACUGUAUUAAAUCGUUUAAAUGAACGUCAUACACAGAGUCAAGUUGUUAAUAGUCAACGAAAAAAUGUUGAUUCAUUUGGUAAUGGAAAUAUUCAUGAGAAUUUUUUACAACAUUUCAUUCAAUACAAAUUAGCUAUUGUUACAGAUUUAGAAGAUAUGACCAAAAAAGUACAAGGAUAUAAUUUACCAAUAAAUGAACGUACUCAGUUUGUGGAUGACAUUUUAGCUCGUUUAGAACAUAUGCAGAAUUGGUUGAAUGAAGCGUCAAUGUAUCUUACUUCAUUCGAUAAUGAACAAGCACGUUUAGAGUUAAAGAGCUUAAAUGAUCUAUUUCAAGAGAAAAGAACAGAAUUGUUACCUAGUAAGAAAUUUGGUUUUUCACGUCAACAGACAACUAAGAAACAGGAAAAUGGAAAUAAAAAUGAAUCUCAUCCAGAAUCUUCAAUUUGUAAAUCGUCAUCUAUUGUCGCCCCAAAAAAUAAUGACUCAAUAAUUUAUGAUGAGCGUUUCAGUUUAAUCAAUAUUACUGGCCCUAAACAUUUUAUUAUACCAAAUAUCAAUUGUUCAUCGGAUUCAUUUAUUUCACAAACUGUUUACUUGAUUGAUUUAAUAGAUUGUACAAUUGAAAUAUGUCAUGUAUUUGGUAGUUUAAUUGGUCGUCGUUUAAAAAAUUGUAAAAUUUAUGCCUAUCCUAUUUCAGGUUCAGUAUGGCUUGAUGAAUGUAUUAAUUGUGAUUUAGUAUUUGCUUGUCGUCAAUUAAGAAUACAUCAAACAUCCAAUUGUCGACUUGGAUUACAUAUGGCUAGUCGACCUAUCAUUGAACAAUGUACAAAUUUAAAAGUAGCUCCAUAUCAACUUGUUUACAAAUCACUUGAACAAGAUUUAUCUACAGCUGGUCUAUCAAUUAAUAGUAAUUUAUGGCAUGAAGUUGAUGAUUUUAGUUGUCCUAAUAGACGACUUACAAAAACUUCUCCAAAUUGGUGUAUAAUGCCUGAAGUCGAUUGGUCUUCAUUAUGCCCAAACAAAAAUUAAUAUAAUAUUAUGUAAUUCUUUUCGAAAUAAAAAAAACUGGUUUUUAAAAAUGUAUAUGUACGCAUGUAUGAAUGUCAGAAAAAUUUGAAUGAUCUAAUCUAAGAACAAUGUAAUUAUUAGGAUUUUUAUUUACUUUGUUAACGUUUUUAUUUGUUUUCUGUUCGACUAUUUUGUACACUCUUAAAUGUCCGAUCAAUCUUACUACCUCUCAUUACAUUUCUAUUACUAACAGAUAAAUUUCUCUCAAGUGUUUUUCAUUUGUUCAAAUGAAAUGAUAUGUAUUCGUUUUUAAUAUAUUAAAGAUGACGAUUUUCCUUUUUUUUUUGACUAACAGAUUAAGUUUCUUAAAAGUUUUUCAUAAUUAUACAAUAUCUCGUUUCAUUCCCAAUCGUAGCUGCUACAUUGACGUGGUGGUCGGACUUGCCCAACCGAGCUAUAUUGGCUGGAAGACAUGGUCCUGUAGGUUCUUCCAUGCCAGGCAGUUUGAUUGGAGAACGGUAAGACUAAAAGCAGCAACUCAAGGUCUGAGGGCGAAGUCGUACUGCUGACUGUAGAGGGGUGUGACAGCAGUAAGGUGUUUCCCUCAGACAACCAGCAUCUGUAGCGAUGCUGCCUUCCCACAAGGAAGGAUAUGGUUAGAAAAGGUCGACCCUAAAAUAUCACGCCUGACCUUAUCUCAUGAAUUUCCGUCUCCGGCGGUAAAGCCCUUUGAGGAACGGAGCUAACAAGUUGAAAAACCCACGAAAUGGCCGUGCGCGACCGGCCUCAAGCAGUUGUCCUUUAGACUCUGCAGUCACGCUCCCAGGUCGUUAAGACCAACACUAAUCCUAUUUCCUUUUCAGGUUCUUCAAGAAAUACCCUUCCAUGGUAUGGGCAGCCGGGAAGUGGGCCCCCUGAAUGCCCUGGUACGGCCGAGAGUGGGGAGAGUCCGCUCUCCCUCUCGAAAUACUCUCACACGGCCACGCGUAUACAGCCUCUGCCAGGGAAGUCCUACUCAUUGCCUUCUCGUGGCAGGGGUGUUGUUUACGAAAAUGAGAGGACGAAAAGCGAAUGUCCGGCGCUUUAACC